UUAGUCAAUUAAAAAAUCGUUUCUGUGCGAUCAGUCGUAUCCUAUAUUUUAUGGAAGUCAUAUCCUAUGUUCUUAAUAUAUAACGAAUUAAAAGUCGGAGAAACUAAUUCGUCUAUUUCCAAUUUAAAUUUAUCACACCAAGGCGAACAGGAAAGUUUUGAGGAUAAAAUAUUUUAAAACAGGGAGUAGCCGAUAAGGGUCUCAGUUAUAUUUGAAAUGUGGUGUGUUGCGUGAUGUGCUCGCUGGUUUUAUUUUUGUUGGUGCUGGUCUUGUCCUGGGACCGCUGUUAUCAAAGUCCGUGUUCGCUACUUCUACAUCGACUUCGUGAGCGACCCACAGAGGAGCUGGCAGUUCUGGUGAAUGGACAUCUUGUUGAGGUUGUUGUGUGGGGUGGCGGCGGGGCUCCGAGGGCGGCGGCCGCUCUGCUGCUGGUGGCUCUUCGAGUCCGAGGAUAUCGGUCGCAUCUACAUGAAGCAGCCCCCGAUGUCUGUGGCCUCCUCGACAUCUCGGACCUAAAAGAAGCUGCCGUCGUCGCUCCAGCAGCGACGGUGCCGAGUGAGGACUGCAGACGUGCUGGCCUCGAGUUACUGACGAACUUUUUGCAGCCUGCAGCGGUGUCUUAUACUUUACAUCUUUGGGCUCAUGUGCCGUCGGAUCGAUGUCGGUCACAAGCUGGACAAUGGAGUUUCUAUAAAUAUUAUAAAGACAUUGAUGAGUGUGGAUUUCUAAAAGCAAAGUUUUUUAACGAGAUUACUUAUGGGUCAUGUAGUAAUUGUUUUGCGGUAUUGACUCGAAAUGAGAGCUUGGUCGACAAUCAAAUAGCAAUGGAACUACAAACCCGAAUCGACGCUGCGGAGCUGUUGUUACAGGUCGUGUCUUUUAAAAGUGACUUCAUUAUGCGCAAAACUAUUUCUGAAUUACGAAGACUCCAAAAACCAUUUCUAUUUGUUGAUGAAGAUUUGUGGUCUGAUACUUUUGAAAUGGUUUACGUUCAGCCUCCGCCGUGCGUCAGACAUGUAAAAAAUUGCAUUCCCUUCAUUAAAACUAUCGGUAAUCUUCGACUUGGUAAUGGAUGGUUCAUGUAUCAAUUUGCACCCCCAAUACUAGAAUUAGUCAAUGCACUUUCGCCAAAAUCUAGCCAAUUAAGAGAAAUAUUAAACAUAGAGAGUGCACAGAAUGAAAGCCACAUCGAAAACGCCGCUUGCUCGUGGGCCCUGCAGCACGUUGAAGAAUUUAAGACUCUUAUAUUACACGACAAGCUCGAACAGAAAAAAGUUUUCGCUAUCAAAAUAAUCCUGUGCAAUCAUGACCCUUUAAACAAAUAUUUUGAAACUAUAAGCGAUUUAAUUAAUAGAGAUGAGUUUCAAAAUAAUAUUACACAUAUUGAUUAUAAUAUUUAUAAGAACACAAUAAAUUGUUUCGACGAAGAAGAUUUUAGGCAAGUAAUAACAAAAAACGCUCAAAAGAAAAAUGUGGCUGGGGUCAUAGCUUGGAGUUGGUAUAAGGGGACCACAGGUGCAGCGAAGGUAGCAGAACAAAGUCAACUUCCACUACUUCUGGCAGGAGCCGUAGCCGACGAGAUACCACUCGGGUCAGCUGUUCGAGCAGCCUCAGGGCGUCUCUCUGAUUUAACAAGAGCUUUCCAUUACAUUUUGGAGAAUUGUGGGUGGUCACGGAUUGCCCUUUUAUCAGAUGAUUCAGUUUAUUCAAGAAGUUUCACAGAAGCAAUGAUCAAGCAAAAGAAUCUUCUGUAUCGUGAAGUUAUAGUAGACUUCAAAAAUAUUUAUAUAAACUUAGAUGAAUUAAAAAAAGCUGACGCACGUAUAUUUUUAUUAAAUGUAAAUUGGAGCCUCUCAAAAGACAUUUUAAACGCUGCUCUAAAAAGAGGGAUGACUCCUAACAAUGGCUUCUCAUGGAUAGCUCGGGAAUGGCUGCCAAUACAGAACAAUAACACAGACUGGGCUGACAUGUAUCACUUCACUGUGAGCCUGGGUUGGCGAGGAGAACAACUUGAAGGGGGAUCGAAACAUUUGCAACAAAAGAUUCGAAAUCGGUUACAUGUUAAAGAAAGUCUUGAAGAGUUUCCAGGCAUCAAUUAUUUAUCAAUGUUUGCAGAUGCGCUGCUUCAAUUGGGAUAUAGUUUUGCUCGAUUUUACCAAAACUACCCUUCUUACAGAUACAAUUUACGUGGUUACGGAACUGCCUUAAAACUAUCAGAAGUUUUUGAAAAUAUGACUAUUAAUGGAAUAGCACAAAAUUUAAGCAACAGAAACUCUAGCAUCGAACACCCGCUUGUUUUUAUUAAUAAAUGGUGGGGAGUGAGAACAAAGUCCAUAGGUAUAUUGCAAAUUACUGACAACUACAUCAUGGCUCUUAAACCAACAGCAUCAAAUUUCAAGGACUUAAUAAAUAGGCAAAAGUUACGGGAUAGACCUAUCUGCUGGACCAUUAGCACAGGCGAUCCUUUCACACCUCGCUGUCAGGACGUAACCAUAAUUAUUGUGACAGUAUUCCUGCUUAUUUCGGGAACAGCCCUUUACAUUGCUCGACGAGCUCGAUUGAAACGAUUAUUAAAACGAGAAUUAAAUAUACUAGCGAAACUGCUGGAGAAUCGUAAACGUGCAGUCUCGUCACUGGAUACGUAUUUGGUUGAUCGUAAUGCCAUAAAACUUUUACAUGAAAUAGGCUCUGGUACAUUUGGGAGGGUCCAUUUUGCCGAACUUCAUCGAUCAGGUCGCAGUACGGUGAUCGUAGCGGCCAAACAACCCCGACAAACCAUUGGACCGACUGAAGAAUGUGAAUUUCUCCACGAAGCGUACAUCUUGGCGCCCUUGUGUCAUGAUAAUAUAAUACGACUUGUUGGAAUAUGUAUAAUGAAUGGACCUCCUAUGGUUUUAAUGGAACACGCCUAUUAUCUUGAUUUGAAGCGUUAUUUGACGGAGCGACGACAUUUAGUGAGUAACCGGUUUAAUGACAACACUUCCGAUGCUUUGGAUGAGGUUUCGGAUGAAUCACUUACUAGACUAGCCCGAGAAGCGGCAGGAGCCCUGGCGUAUUUAUCAACAAGAAGACUAGUGCAUCGAGACGUGAGAGCUGCGAAUUGUCUUAUUGAUAAGAAAAGAUCCCUCAAACUUGGAGACUUCGGUAUGGCACGCGAGCUGGACGACAAAGUUCCAGUGUACGCUUCGAUACGCCGUGCCUUGUUCCCUGUGUUGUGGAUGGCACCCGAAAGUUUAAAAUCCGGAGUAUUUUCUUUUGCAACAGAUGUUUGGGCUCUCGGAAUACUUAUACUAGAAGUUGUAACACUCGGUGCACGUCCUUACGGUGAUUGGCAACUAUCUCGUGUAUUAAACUAUGUGGUGGCCGGUGGAAUUCCUCCACUUCCUCCGGAUGUGUCAAAACAUACGAGCAGUUUGUUACACUCCUGUUGGGAACGUCGAGCAGAAAGCAGGCCAAAUGCAUCAUGGGUGCAUAACCAUUUAACUCAGUAUCCUCGAUUGCUCUCUCCUGCUUUAUUGAAACCGUAUCCACCCGAUCCUCUUAUCGCUUAUAUGGAAUAAAGUACAUUAUUUUAUAACAUGAA